AUGUAAGCAUAUAGUAAAUGUAAAAGAGAGAAACUUAAAGAAAAGAUUCGUAUUCUACAAUAUCCCGAGUAAUUCAAGCCAUAGGUCCACCAUAAUUAUAUAGUUUUGGAUGAAAAGUAUUUGAAUUUGGGUGAUUAUGUAUUGGUGUUUGACAAUCCUGAUCAUGAAGAUUACGAGUACAAAGAAAAUUGCAUACAAUUUCAAGAUGUUUUGAGAGACUUUGAUAAAUGUUUUGACGUUGAUUCAUCAUUUGAAUCUCCAGACGAUGAAUUAUUGAGAAUGGCCUUUUUGAAUGUAUUUAAUCGUCUUAAACAACCCCCCUCUACAUUCAAAGAGAUAGAAAGAGGCUUCUAAUUAUCAUCAGCAAACAAACAAAAAUUAUUUAUUGUGAAUGAGCAUGGAACUUAAGUAAGAAUCAAACCAGAUGAAACUCGUCAAAUGGGAUAAGGAGGUUUCUUGAAGUACAAUGCAACGACUAAUCAUUGGGAAAGAACAGGAGAAAAGGUUUCUGAUGUUGCCACUCUUUUUAGAAUAUUAUUAUUGUACAAAUUAUCUAUGCAUGCAGGGUUCUUCAUUAGGCAAUUUUUAAGUCUAGAUGGUACUAAGAUAUAUGCGGUUUUGUUUUAAGAAUUACGUAAUCUGAUUAUAGAGGCACAAAGAACCUUUUUGAAGAAGAGAGUAAGCAUAGCAUUUUGUGACAUUCUGUCAUUAGAACCAGUGGAUGAAGCGUUUCGACCUUUACGCUUUAAUAAAGUGAUCAGAUCUAAACUAGUUGGGUAAGAUUUGCCUUUUGAGUCUCAUCAAAAGGAAAUUAGAAAACUAUUAAAAAUAAUUGAUUAUAAUAAGUUGGCUAGAGAGUGCAAUUAAUAUCCAUAUGAGAUAUCUGGAGAGAUAUAAUAAUAAAGAAGACUGACUGCUGAUGUGUUAAAUGCUUAUGUGUUUUAUUUAGAAUAAAUUGCAUCUGAUUUGAUCAAUGUGAGAAAGAAAUACAAAGAAAAUGAUUUUGCUCAAAUUCUUACAUCCUAAGAGUUGAAAGAAUUGGUUGCCGAUUUAAAGGAGUAAAAUUUCAAAUCAAAAUCAACUAAAUUCUAUGUGAGAGAACAAAGUAAAGGGAAUUGGAAGGAUACGAAUAGAAGAAAGAUAAAGGUAUUUUUGAAGAGGAAGAUGGCUUUGGAGAUUGAAUAGAUUUUACAUAAUGCCAAACAUUAGACUGAUAAAUUAUAUGGUAGAAAAUUAUUGAGUAUUUGGGAUAGAUUGGGUAUGGAACCUUAGGGUCCUUUUAUUGAAUAUUUUUAUCCAAGGAAAAAGUAGAAUUAUAAUAAAUUCAUUCAGUAAGAUUCAAUUUGGACUUAUCAGAUAAUCAAUGAAAAGGGCGAACGCUCAUUAUUCAAUAAGAUGGAAAGAGCAAAACUGAAUAUAUCGAUUCUAAAGUCAUUAGUCAACUUAGAGUAUUUGAGUUCGCAGGAUUACAUAAGAGAUCAUCUGAUACCGAACAGUUACUUUGAUUUGGAUGGGUAGAAAUACAAAGACGAACAUUAUUAACCUUUAAAAUAGGCUAAACAAUAAAAAUAGGAUUUAUUCUUUUCUAUGAAGUUAAUAUAGACAGUCAAAGCCAAAAUCUAAAAGUUUAUUCAGAAAGAUUAAAAUGAGUUGGGAGAGAAGAAAAAAAAGGUUUUAACAGAGGGUGGUUUGAAUGGGGAUAAUUUAUUAAACUUAUGGGGAUUAUUGGAUGUUCCAGUGCAACAUAUUUGUUCAUAUUAUGGAGAGAGAAUAGCUUUGUACUUUAUGUUCUUGUAGUUUUUUGUUCAUGAAUUGCUUCCUAUUUCAUACUUUGGAAUACUGACAUUUAUAGUAUAAAUACUGUAUGAUGUUGAAGCCUUGGCGAAUAAAGUAUCUAUCAUAUUCUUUACAAUAAUGAUUGUGUUCUGGUCAUCAACUUUCUAGGCUUUGUGGAUUCGUUAAGAAAUGUAAUUUUAAACUAUGUUCGGUUUGGAGGAUAUGGAAUUGAAUUAGGUUGAAUUGAUUGGAUUUGUGGGUAAACCUAAGAGAUCUAUAGCAAAUGAUAAAUUGAAUGAUCUCCAAUAUUCAUCAAAGGAGACUUGGUUUAAAUUCUUUUUUAAUAUGAUUUUGGUAGCGAUAUUCUUGGUGAUUGAGAUCGUGAUUAUAGUGGCACUAUAACUAUUAUCCUUGUAUUUAGAGAAUAAUCCAGAUGUUCCGAAUAUCGAAUUCAUAGAGUUGUCUGUUUUUAUUCCAGCUCUAAUUUGGGUUUUCAUAGGAAUUCUGUUAGAUAACAUUUAUAGGCCUGUGGCAUUCUUUUUAACCAAAUGGGAAAAUCACAAAUAUUUAUCUUAAUUUGAGACCAGUUUUAUUAUAAAGAAUCUUUUGUUUUCCACUGUGAAUCGUUUGGGAUAGCCAUUUAUCAUAGCAUUUUUUUAUGAAUAAACAAUUGGAUGUGUAAAUGAUAAUUACUGCUAUUCUCAAUUGUAAAUUUACAUGAGAGUUGUGUUUAUAAUUGAGUUUGGUAAACAUAUUUUGUUUGGAUUUAUUUUUCCAAUAAUCAAAUAGAUAUAUCAAAGGGCAAGAUAUGGAUUUGUGAGCAUAGUAGAUUUUGGGGGUUCUUUAUAAAAGAAAACACCUUAUUAUCAUUUCAAUAAGUCCAUUGAGGCUGAGACCUAAAAGGAGUCUUUCACAAUAGAUCAAGUCGAUGGAACAAUAUGGGAGUAUUUGGAGUUGAAUUUGUAAUUUGCUUUGUUGGCCAAUUUCGGGAGUCCUUUUCCUUUGAUCUUCAUAACUGGAUUGGCAAUGAAUUAUUUAGAGUUAUUUUUGGACAAGUUCAAAUUGAUAUGGCUCACAAAAAGACCUACGCCAUAAACAGCUAGAACAAUAGGCCCAUUUGUAUACUAUAUGAAUCUGAUUUCAUAUAUUUCGAUCUUUAUCAAUAGUGGAUUGCUGUCUUAUUCAAAUUAGGAUGUCUUCACUGAGAUCAAUAGUUUCACUUUGUUUGCGAUUUUGAUGAUCGCAUUUUUUUUGUUCAAAUUUGUCACUGAUAUCAUAUAUGGAAACACUGAUAGUUCUGCUGAAUUGGUACGACAAAGACACCAGUCGAUAUAGAAGAGGUUGCAUGUUAGUAUAAGGGGGAAGAAUUAGAUGAGUUCGAAAUUGCCAUUUCCUAUAGCCAAGAUAUACGGAACUCUAUUACCUCAUUAAUUGAAGAAGCAAGAAUGA